UUCAUAUCUAGCUUCAAACAGCAAGUCUGUUUGCUUUUCUGUCACAACAGCUUAGCAGGGAAGUCUGGUACUGGCUCUGUUACAGUUCUGCUGAAACUCACACAUUGGGACUGAUUGUUUCUCUGUUUCAGCUGCAGGCUCGUUUGAUGAUGAGCGUCGUUGCAGUCCAGUCUGUGAAAAUGGUGACAGCCAACAUGUUGCUGACUGUCUUCUUUGUUUCAGGUGCUCUGGCUGAUUGUCGUUUACAGCCAGGCCUAUUCAUUACUGCACCGCAGGAGAUGGAAGCACUGAGUGGAUCUUGCCUGAUAAUAACAUGUAACUUCGGCGUUAACAUAUCCGCAAAAGAGACAUUUGACAGUCUGACAGCAACAUUCGGAGUUUGGAUUAAAAAUGACUCCAGAUUUGGCAACAAUCCUAACAAUAUGAUUUUCAACAGUAGCAGGAUGAAUAAUAUCUAUCCAAUGGAUAUUACUGGAGACCUGAGUCAGAAAAACUGCACCACUUUAUUUUCCAGUUUAAUCACAAGUUACACAGACACAUACUACUUCAGAUUUGAGAACUGGCCAUUUCUGGCAACAGCUUCUUGUGAUCCUCUUCAAAUAACAGUUAAAGGUGCUCUGGCUGCUUGUUCUAAAGAUACAUCCCUAUUCAUUACUGCACCAAAGAACAUGGAAGCACUGAGUGGAUCUUGUCUGCUAAUCCCAUGUAACUUUAGUGCUAAACCAGACACGGGAUUCAACAGCACAAGAACAACCUUCGGAGUGUGGAUUAAAAAUGACUCCAGAUUUGGCAACGAUAGAAAUAAUGUGAUUUUCAACAGUAGCAGAGUGAAUAAUAGCUAUCCAAUGAGUAUUACUGGAGACCUGAGUCAGAAAAACUGCACCACUUUAUUUUCCCGUUUAGUCACAAACUACACAGACACAUACUACUUCAGGAUUGAGAACAGGCCAUCCAGGGCAACAGCUGUUUGUGAUCCUCUUCAAAUAACAGUUAAAGAUUCCCCCCCGAGGCCCAGAAUUGAGAUCUCAGGUGAUCUGAAGGAGAAGGAGUCUGUCACUAUAAGCUGCUCAGCUUCCACUCCCUGUCCACACUCCCCUCCUAAACUCACCUGGAAUCUCCAACAAGACCCUCCCAACAACAUAGAGGAGAACCCAGAUCAGACCUUCACAACUAAAAUCCAGAAGACCAUCACUCUGUCAGACACACAUGAUGGAUUCACCAUCAGCUGUUCUGCCACAUAUCCUGUGAAUGAAGGUAGAGAAGUCAAGACAGCAGAGGAGAGAAAGACUCUCAAUGUUUCAUAUGCUCCCAAGAACACCUCAGUGUCCAUCAGUCCAUCAGGUUUGGUGUCAGCAGGUAGCUGGGUGAAUCUGACCUGCUCCAGCAGAGCCAAGCCUCCCGCCAACUUCAGCUGGUUCAAGAACAGCAAAGAUGGAGACAUCAGUGUAGCUGAAGAAGUCUUUUACAGCUUCAACGUGACCAAUGUGACAGAUAUAGAAGAUUAUUACUGUGUGGCCACGAAUGAUCUCGGUAAUCAGACGUUAUCUUGGAUUCAUUUGAAGAGUGCAGAUAAUCCAGAGUUUGGGGUUGAUGUCUACGUUACAGUGAAGAUCCUGGGAAUCCUAACUCUCUACAGUACACUCAUCAUCUUUGAGUGCUGGUUGAGAUCACGAUGCUGCAACAAACCAGUGAAGGACGCAGGAGAAGAAGACUACGUCAACAGAGUGAUUGAGAUUCAAGCAUCAUGAAGGAGAAGAGGAAGACAUCAUGAUCACCAUGAAUGGAAUAUUUCUCUAUUUCUUAUUCCUCCCAUUCUUAAAUAUUAAAUGGCUUUGAACAAAGGACGGAGUGCAAAGAGGACAGAAGAUAACCAAAAUAUAAUAUGCUGUAGCUUCAUCAUUAGUUUGUGUAAGAUUGUGCUGAUUUAUUGCAUUAUUAUAGUUAUUUUUCUUUGCUUCAGUUUUCUUUGCCUUUACAAAUAUAUCAUUAAGACAACAGAACAGUUAAAAGUAGAUAUUUCAGGUGAUGUGGAAGCAAAAACUGUGGAUUUUGAUUUAUUUGAUUAUUGUUUUAUUUUUGUUUGUAUGUAAAUGUGUAGAUGAUGGAUUAAUGGAUUAAAAGCAUCAAAAGCAUUGCAAGUGAACAAAGCAUUUUAUGAACACUGUGACAACUCCAUGUGGGAAAUAGGCUGUGGUUGAUAACACUUUAGAAAACAUGGAGGCAUCAGGCGUUGUAUUAUUAGAUGUUCUUUUAGUUCUACAAGGAGACUUAGACACCUCACAGUUCUAUCUUUAAUUUCCACCAAAACAGUAUAUUUACAGUAUUUGAUGUUUUGAUACUGUAAAUGAAAAUACAACUAUAUCUGUGUGUGUCUGAUGGACCAGAGCGUUAAGAAAAAGCUGAGAACUAGAAGUAAAAAAGGGGAACUUUGUCGGCUGGGUUUUGUUAACAAGUUCUUCUGCAGGAUCGUCAUAGCGACUGUAGCAACACACAGCUUUCUGCAAGAAAAUGUCUUCAUCAGUCCAGAAUUGUGUUUAUUGACAAUGUAUUGAAUAUGUAUUAUAAUAAUAAAAAUAAUAAGUUAUAAAAUCAUAAUCCUCUAUUUAAAAGCUUCACCAGCUGUGUCUGUUACCACUAAAGACAAUGUUUCCUGAUCUGAAUGAACUAUUCUUGCAUAUGUGUCUA